AUGUCUUAUGACCGUUACAUUGCCAUACAUUAUCCCCUGCACUAUGGACUCACUGUCACCCCAUAUGCUUGUGCACAGGCAGCAGGGGGUUCGUGGGCCAGUGGAUUACUCUAUUCUGCCAUCCAUACCUUCACCAUGUUCAGGCUUCCCUUCACAAAGUCCAAUGUGAUCCAUCAAUAUUUCUGUGAUGUACCACAAAUUUUGAGUAUAUCAUCUACAGAAAUUCAGUUUUCUGAAUCUGUGCUCCUACUUAUAAGUGCUGGCAUUGACUUAGUGUGUUUUGCUUUCAUGGUUAUAUCAUAUAUUAAAAUAUUUUCAAGUGUGCUUCAAAUUCGUUCUGCAGAAGCCCGUAGCAAAGCCUUAUCUACUUGUACCCCACAGUUGGCUAUUCUUCUUUUGUUUGUAAUUUCUGGAUUAAUUGCUGUCCUAGGUCCUAUUGCAGAUAAAACUUCUAUUAAAAAUCUGUUGACGGCUAUGUGCUAUACCAUGCUGCCACCGUUUAUAAACCCCCUCAUCUAUAGUCUGAAGAACAGGGAAAUUAACAGUGCUCUAGGGAGAAUGUACAAAAGAUAUUUUGAGUUCCCAAGCAGGAGUUUACUUGAUUAG